CCUCUCUCAGCUCUCUCCCAUAUAAAAGCUCGUCCACACGCGUACGAAGACGGCAGCAGAAUUGUACUGAUCGUGCAGUGAAACGAAUUAUACUGCGCUAACGCAGUUUUGUCAAUAGGUCUGGCAACAAGAAUUGCACUCUCACGAGUGGCACAACUGCAGCUACAAGCAGACCUCCAAGCAGUCGUAAGGUUUCUGAAGCCCUCACGAGUUGGCAAAGUUCUCAAUACUAGUAAUGGGGACGUUACGGGGAUACUUGUUUUUGCUGAUGGCAUUUGUGGUGAAGGCGUCGGAAGAGCACAUGUUACAAAAAGAAAUUUCACUCAUCGACGUGAUGGCGCAGUCAAAGGUGUCUCCUGAACCUCCUGAUAAACAGUGGAUGGGUGAAACAGAUUUUUCACAUCGGCAAAAAGUUGGGCCCCGCUCCAUGGGACCGCACAUUCCCUUUCCUCCAGCCCAUCCAACCCACAGCAACCUCCAAGCCAUCUGUAGUCAUGGUAACCAUCGCCCCCGAUAUCCCAAGGACAUGCUGCCUACGAGUGGCUUUGGUUACCUGUACCGUCAGGCCCAAGCCAUCAAUCAGCUGGAGUCAUGGUUCACUGAGUGCUGCAGCAGUGUCACUGAGGAUAAGCAGCUGACUCUUUGCUGUGUACAGCAAGCGUGGGAAGAGUCACUUUCUGCCUUUUGCAAUGAAGAAUUCACGAUUAAGACCAAGCAGUAUCACUGCUGCAUGAAGGAAGCUGGAGCAAGAUGGGAAUGCUUUAAGAAGAAUGCACCAGACCAGUCCUACCAGGCCUCUGAUCACAAGUCAUGGACCAACAUCCCUAGCCAAACCUUUAAUUUUAACCCUGGUACAUGCCAGAAAACAAGAUCAGAGGUAACUCACAGUGCUUUAAGAGAGAAGGGAACACCUGACAUCAGCUUUCCUCUUGGCCGCCCUAACUCUGCCAACAUAGGAUCCAUCUGUGCAAAUCGCAAGCAGCGCCCUCGUUACCUUUCCAAGUGCCUGCCAUCUUCAGACUACGACUGGCUGGCCCGUCAGUCAAAGGCUAUCAAUGGCCUGGAAAAAGGCUUUAGUCAGUGCUGUAAAGAGAAGAAGGAUGAACAGGCGUGUGCUGAGAAGAAGUGGAAGAAGAUGGUGGAUAUGUUCUGUAAGGAAGAGAAGGCGGCCAAAGCCAAACAUUUCGACUGUUGCAAAAAGGAAAGAGGAGAAGAACAAUAUGACUGUUUUGCUGCUGCCGCUCCCAAUCCUGACUACAUCCUUGAAGAUGCCAGUGGAGCUGCUUCACAAGCACAUCCUACCCUAGAGGUGCUCUGUGUCUCAGAGAACUCUCCAGAGACACAGUUCACCCAGAGAGCGUUACAGUUCCCUGAAAGUUUAUUUGUUCCUCAUUGCUGUCAUCUAGUGGAAGAAAACCGAUCUGCAUGUUUUGAAAGAGAGCUGAACAAAUUUGAGAGUAAUCUAUGUAAAGAUGACCAAAAUAGUAUGCCAUGCUGUAUGAAGAAAGCCGAGAGCCGCAACAAAUGUUUCACCAAGCAGUUGCUUCGCAACAUUCCUGAUUUAAACAGGAUCAGCAGAAAUAAGAAAUGCCCAAUCUCUUCAUAAUGUCCUGUGGCUGGUUGUGGAUUCAUUGUGUCAAACCACAGAUUUAUUGAUGGCCUUUGAAGCCAGUUCUGUAGGUAUGAAUGAAUGUGAAUGGGUGACAUAGAGAAUUCACAUCGAGUUGAGCCUAAGUACAUUUAUUACCAGCAACAGUUUAAUCAUUUCUAUCUUUUUUUCUACAACAAAAUGAAUGCCUUAUUUUAAGAGACAUCAUUUAAGAGUCUAUGUUUAAUGAGCAUUUUAUAAUCAAUGUGUAGACACACCUUUCCAACUAAAUGUAAAUCAUCAAAAAUGUAAUCUAAUAAAAUGAUAAUAAAAACAUUAUUGUUCUUUU